UGAACAACAAAGAAAAAGAAAACCAAACACUGCAUCCAACUUUGAAUCUCACAUUUUUUCUGAUAACAAAAAAACCAUGACAGAUCAACAAAAAAUUCAUCCACUUCAUGAUGUAGAAUCACAAGAACAACAAAACCCUUCAGCUCCUUUAGUAGCAAGAAACACUUCAAAAUCUGAUGAACAGCAGCAAAACCAUCUUCCUCCUUUUCCAUCUACACAACAAAAUAUACCUUCAAAACCAGCAAAGAAAAGAAAAUCAUGUUGCUGCAGACUCUUCUGCUGGAUUUUCAGCAUACUAAUAAUUCUAAUCAUAGCAAUUGGCAUAACAAUUGGAAUACUAUUCCUUGCAUUCAGACCAAAGAUACCAAAAUACUCUGUCGAUGAACUAACAAUCACGCAAUUCGAUCUUUCAAACAACAACAGUUUAUCAGUCACUUUCAAUUUAACAAUCACAGCAAGAAAUCCAAACAAAAAGAUUGGAAUUGAUUAUAGAGGUGGAAGCCACAUAAGUGCUUGGUAUACAGACACAAAGUUAUGUGAAGGUGCAUUACCUAAAUUCUAUCAAGGACAUAAAAACAUUACUGUUCUUAGUAUACCUUUGACAGGACAAACACAGAAUGCAACAGGGUUGAGAGAUACAUUGGUGCAGAAGGUGCAAUCUGAUGGUAGUGUUCCUCUUCAUUUGAAAGUGAAACAACCUGUCAGGAUUAAAUUUGGAAAGUUGAAGAUUUUCAAAAUUAAUUUCAGGGUUAGGUGCAGAAUUGUGGUGGAUAAUUUUAGUGAUAAUAAUUCUAUUAGGAUUAAGGAUAGUAGUUGUAAGUUUCGGUUUAAGCUGUGAAUUCUUUAGUCCAUAUCAUACUGCUCUAUAGCACCGACAUAUUUGACCCGAGGCGUGUCUCGGUGUCCGACACGACACUGACUGACUCUUUGAUUAUAUUUAAUUGCUGAGUUUGGUGUUCAUGUCGGUGCAUGUGCUUUACGAUUAUAUUGUUUUAUUAUUUUUAUUAUGGUCUUUGAUGGAUUUUUCUUUCCAUCUGCAUUUUGAGAUUGAGGUACAAUUCUUGUAAUUUUGAUUCUAUUUUCUCAUUCAUUUCUUUUACUCAGAUACUAUAUAUGGCAUAUAUAUAGUUAUUCUAUAUAUUUUAAUAAAAGAAUUAUUGCUAAGCUUUUCACUC